AAUUUAAUUUAUAUUAGUUUUGUUUAAAUAAGCUCUAAGCGAAUUCGAAAACUCAACUCCAAUCACAUUAAUAUAUUUUAUUUAAUUUUUAAAGGAUUUAAUUAAGGUUGUUUCAUACUGAAACCCAAAACAACUAACUCAUUCAUCAUAUCAAGACAAACAUUGUGGAUAAUAUAAUAUUUUUCUGCCAUCAUGCCUGAUCCCAUACCGACGCCAGCAAUUUAUGCGCAUGCCUGCACUGAUACAGAUGCGAAAUUUGGCCAGAAAAGUGAGCUUGGUAGACUGCAACGCAUUAAGGGCCCAAUUUAUAAGGUGCUAGGUAGAGGAUUUUAUCAGGAUGGAUGUUUUAUAUCAGGACAUCAUUUCGAAUGUUUAGUAAACAUGGAGCAGACGCUGAUCGAAAGGAAACAUGAAAUACAUUACGUUCACGAAAAUAUGGAUUUUCUAUUGCAGCUGGUUGAAAACGUAAAAGCCGCAGAGCAAAUUUACCAGUUGGACAAGAAGAACGGUGUAUAUGUGUGUAGAAGAUUGCUCUACCAGACGAUAGGAAUUGCAGAGAAACAGAAAUACCAAUGGUUGACGGAACAGUUAUACAGCAUUAUAGCCAAAUAUAUGCUUGAACCUACAACAGAUAAUCUCUUAGCCAAGGAACAAUCUACCAGAUUUGUGUUCAAGUAUGCUAAACAUCUGAUGCAGAAAGGAAAGCCAAAUGAUCUACAGCGAGCUACGUCCAUUUUACCCAUAGCUUUAGAGGCUGCUUGCGGUGAAGGUUGGAAACCGGACACUAUACCCGAAACUGAAAUGUUUCGCACACUGCAUGCAGCUCUGAGCAGUUUAAUGGCAAAUAUAUAUAUGUGCAAAGCAAAGGAACCAGGCAUUACACGAAAAUAUGCUCUGAAACGUACCCAGAAGGCUAUUAAAGCUAUUGCUAAAGUGGGCAUACAAGAACACAAAUUAGUUGCUUUUAAAGCAUUUCUGGCAAAGAUCGAGAUACUUAUGGAGGCUGACAGAUAUGACCGGGCAUUCAGAGAAUUAGUUCUAUUAAAGGAAAGUGUAAUGAAAGCAGAGGGUCCGGAGUUUCUGCAAUACCAAAUCGAUUUACUAAAAGAUCUUGGUGUCACUCUAUAUUGCUUGAAUCAGCCGAUUACUGCUAUUGAGACUCUCUCUCACGCAUUGGAAUUAUGUCGAAAGGAUAACCAUUGGCAAGCAGAGGCCGAUGUUCUAGUGGAAGUCGGCCAUGCCCAACGUCUUAUACAAGGUGGAGAGGUAAGAGCACGUUUGGCAUUUGAGCUGGCUAAAAUUCAAUACGAUCAUCAAGGCAACUAUGCGAAAGUCCUUAGCUCGAAGUAUAGGAUCGCUGCGUUAAGAUCACAAUUAAUUCAACCAGAUUUGAUGAAGGUGAUAAGAUCACAGACGUAUUGUGAUUUUUAUAGACUGAGGCGUUGGAAAACUCUUUGCGAACGUUUUUGGACUGAGGUCAAUCAAGUUGGCUAUAUAAAGCAAAACACUUUGAGUAACAUAUCGAAGUUCUCUUCUCAAAACCUAUAUAAACUAUAUAAUCUUGUUCUCAACACACGAGCUUCCUUUGUAAAAAUAAAAGAAUCGGAAAAUGAAACUGUUCAGGAAAGCUCUAGAAGUAGUAGUGAAGAGGAGAAUGAUUUAGAACGCGUUGUUGCAGAUAAUUUAUACAGUAAUUAUGAUACGCCAUUAACUGAAGCAGAAGAAAUGGAAGAGGAGCUGUAUGAGUCUACCAACAUUUCUAACAGUAGCGCAGCGGAGGAUGUAGAAAGAAGUGAUGCCACACAAAGAGCUAAACAUUUAAUAAUAAUGCAAGCGCGAAAACCGUCAGACGGUUCACGGAGGUCCUCACCACAGGGCAUAUGGGUUGUGAAGGAUACAGAUCCGUUAUACUGCUUGUUACGAGAGUUUUAAUUAUGUUUAUAUAUAUAAGUAUUUAUAUGUAUUUUUAUUACUGUCAUAUCAUACAAUGCAACAAUAAAA